AUGGAUGUUCCGUGCUACCAGUACAGGAGCCUUGAUAUUCACAGUCGCCAAAUUAGGCUGCUACAUCUACUCCCGGGCGUGUGGGACGAUCAAGUAUCGUGCGAAUUACACGUUGCCUCACUAGACGACACGCCAGAGUACCAGGCUCUCUCUUACGUGUGGGGCAGUCCAGAGACCACCAAGCUCAUUCUUCUUCAUGGCUGCGAAGUUCCGGUUACAACGAACCUCCACGCUGCUUUACGACGCUUGCGACUACCAACUGAUACGAGAGUCAUCUGGAUCGAUGCUUUGUGCAUCAACCAGUCAUUGCUAGAUGAACUCUCCCAGCAAGUAUCGAUUAUGGGCGAGAUAUAUGAAGGUUGUCAGGAGGUACUUAUGUGGCUCGGUGAGAGGAAAGGAGAAGAACCCAAGGGUGACAGGCAAACCCUUAAAGAGGGCCAUGACCAACUUCGAAAAUUUCUGGAGGCUGGAGAUUUUACUCGCGACCCAGACGGCGUCGACUUGGAUAAUUACGAGGUUCUGCUUGCGUUUUCUAUGUUUUACAUCCUCUCGAGCGACCGACAUGUUAACGAGCUGCCAUGCUUUGUUGAACGCAGGGCAUCGUUGUGGGACGUAUCUGACUGCUUCAAUUCUGGGUUCAGAGAGUUCUACAGCAUCGUGAGCUUGGCAUACUGGACUCGGAUUUGGAUAGUUCAAGAGAUCGUCUUGCCUCCGUCCGCUACCGUGGUAUACGGGUCUAUGAAUUGUCCAUGGGACGUCAUCGCCCAGGCAGGGAUGCUGUUUGAGAAUCAUGCCAACUCGUGCUGCCUGGAACAAUGUACAAAUUUCUCGGGCGAGGUAAAAGACGUGAUUUCUGCGUUCAGUUUCAAAGCCAGAACGCUCGAAAUGAUACGUAUGCAUCGAUCAAUCGGUACGCAACUUGACCUUCUUUGGAUAUUACGGCAGAACUUCCAUCGAGAAGCAACGGAUAGCAGAGACAAAGUAUACGGAGUUUUAGGGCUGGUCAGCUCACCACGAGAUAUUGGCUCGAUAAGACCAGAUUACAGAAGAAGCGCCCGCGAGGUCUACGAAGAUGUCACCAUGAAUCUAAUCGGCUCUGUAUCGAGUUUGUCUGUCUUAGCUGGAGACGCAACAAGAAAUGCAGAUUUUCCUUCUUGGGUAGCAGAUUGGGGCCAGCAGUCGAAGAAAGAUGUUUGGCAGUGGGACAUCGAGCGAACGGCCAUGUACCACCACUACAACGCCACGAAGAACUGUGAACUCGUGGCUGAUCGGCUUCCGGGAUCAAUACUGAAGGUCGAGGGAGUCCUCGUUGAUUCGAUAGCUGCUGUCGGCCCACUAAUGAACUCUGAGAACAUAGGUGACUCGACCUCCACAACCUGUCGCGAUGUCUUGGCUCUCGCAAGCAUGCCUGAUGAUGACAGGCAGAUCUAUAAAUGCGGCGGAACAUGGGCAGAUGCCUACUGGCGGACACUUUGCGGAGACAUGAUUGUCGAAAUCGAAGGCUCCCUGAAGUACGAGAUGAGGCGCACAAAGCCAGAAGACAGACAAAUGUACGAGCUAUGGAGAACAGUUCUUCAAUUCGGGUACGACGAGGCUCUCAACAACCAUACAGGCAUUGUGGAUUUGGAGGGCUACCAGGCCUCGGUCGUCCGAGCGACAAGGAACAGGAAGUUCUUUGUUACACAGAACGGCUAUCUCGGGCUCGGACCGGAUCCUAUCUUGCCUGGCGACGACGUAUACGUGAUUAGCGGCUCAAAGGUUCCCUUCGUGCUGCACCGAGUUGAUAACUCCGAAGCAGAUUCAAGGGAGAAUGAUUCGUCCUCAUACCCAGUAUUUAAGUUAAUUGGAGACAGCUAUGUUCAUGGUAUCAUGGACGGAGAAGCAUUGGAAAGCACGACCGCGACAGUAGGCUCUUUACUACUUCGCUGA